UGAAACCCUUACCAGAAAGUCAAGAAGAAUAUUGGAAUUCAAUUGGGAACCCUAAAAAACCAUGGGUUCUAGGGUUCAUGCAAUUUUCUUGAUAUGCAUGAUUUGCAUGUUUAUUGCAUUGCCACCUGCCUAUGCUUGCGGAACUUGCCCACCUUCUUAUCCUCCGUACCAUCGUCCUAGCCCACCGUCAACACGGCCAAAUCCGCCAUCGACCCCCCGACCGCACCCUCCCUCGACUCCUCGAAACCCACGACAUCCCCCUUCAGUUCCUAGACCAUUGCCUCCAAAAACUCCUCGCCCACAUCCACCCUUUACCAAACCCCCACCUCAAGGAGCACCACCAAAAGUGUUGCCUCCUAUAAACAAUCCACCUGUUAUUGUGACACCGCCUGUUGUAACACCUCCGAUUACGAACCCUCCAGGCAUUAUCCCCCCCAUAACACACCCUCCUGGCAUUAUCCCCCCCAUAACACACCCUCCUGGCAUUAUCCCCCCUAUAAUUAACCCUCCUGGCAUAUUACCCCCGGUAACAAGGCCUCCACCUUCUUCUGGCUACCCACCCUAUACGCCACCAGGCAGCGGAGGUCCCCCCGGAGGAGGUGUUCCAGGCUUCAGCCCCCCUUCGGCUGCUACUUGUCCGAUAAAUGCACUAAAACUAGGGCUGUGCCUUGACGUUCUUGGAGGUUUAGUUCAUGUUGGGAUAGGAGAUCCAGUGCAAAACAUAUGCUGCCCAGUUAUUCAAGGAUUGCUGGAAGUAGAAGCUGCAAUUUGUCUGUGCACAGCCAUAAGACUUAAACUUCUUAACCUUAACAUAUUCCUUCCNAUAUAUAUAAAAUUAAAUAAUAAGGCGAAAAAAUGUUCCAAAUGA